UUCUAUUCUUUUCUUUCUGCAGAGUGCAGGGGUUGGUUUUUAUUGUUUUCCCAGUGAGACAGAUACAUAAAACACACAGUGAGAGUGAGUGUGUGUGUGUGUGUUUUGUUAGAUGGAUUCAUCAUCAUCAUCAGUAGCAGUAGCAGUGGCAAUGAAUGAAGUUAAAGAAGAAGAAAGGCCACAUGUAUUGGUUGUGGAUGAUAGUUUGGUUGAUCGUAAAAUCAUGGAAAAGCUUUUCACCAACUCUGCAUGUAAAGUAACUACAGCAGAUAGCGGGAAGAAGGCAUUGGAGCUUUUAGGUCAAGGAGAAGACAAACACACCGAUAUCAACCACCAAGGGCCAAAGAUAAAUUUAGUUGUUACGGAUUACUGUAUGCCGGGAAUGACAGGAUACGAUCUCCUUAAAAAGGUUAAGGAAUCAUCUGAUAUAAAAGAGAUCCCGGUGAUUGUAGUCUCAUCUGAGAAUGUCCCAACUCGAAUCAAGAAGUGUUUGGAAGAAGGAGCUCAAGAGUUCAUCCUAAAACCUCUCAAACAGGCUGAUGUUAAGAAGUUAAGAUGUCAUAUGCAGUUCACGAAACCAAUGAAGGGAAGGCUUUGCAUGGGAAGAUACACAAUGAAAAGAACUUCUGAUAACAAGUGAAGGAACAAAUUCAAGGCAUCAGGGAGUAACUAAACCUACGACGGUUAUAACUUAUAAGGUUACAAUUACAGGAACCAACCUUUGCCUCCUACUCGACUCCAAUAUGAUAAUUGUGUAUCUAAAGGGUUCUUUGGUAUGAGAAUGUAUUACUUGUUCUGGAGAAGAUUAUUUGAGGUUAAUAGUCACUUUUCUCAUUGGAUCAUGAUUAAUCAGGAUGAUAAUGUGUAUCUAUAGUCACUAUUUACGCUAAUUUGGAGCUGCAUUUAUGUAGUAUUACUCGAGUGUCAACCAUUAAAAAGCUUCUAGCAUAUGUAAUAGAAACAUUUGGGACUAGCCAAGGAUGUGUUGAAAUUUAUGAAUGCUAUUAGUCUAUUUCAAGAGAAUUCCUGUAUGGUAUCAGGUGCAUGAAAAGUAUCAUACCUACUUCGAAGGCAGUGCACAGAUGCUUCUUUCAAUAUCUAUGCUCAUAAAAGUUGAAGAACAAAUAUCCCAAGCAUCAUCAGUUCAUCACUUUCCAAGAUCUAUCGACAUUGCUGUUUGCUCCUUCUCAUUUUAGAUCACCUUUUCUAUGUG